AUGGGAGGACGGAAGAUGGCAAGGGAUGAAGAAAAUGCCUAUGGUCCCGAGGACCCGGACGACGCGCCGCCCGCGCACGAGCCCCAGCUCAGGCUCGUCCUGGCCGGCAAGACCGGCGCGGGCAAGAGCGCCACGGGCAACAGCAUCCUGGGCCACAGGCGCUUCCCGUCCAGGCUCGCGUCCACCCCGGUGACCAGGACCUGCGCCCUGGGGAGCCGCCGCUGGGCCCGCUGGCGCGUCGACGUCACCGACACCCCGGACCUCUUCAGCGCCGACGGCCGCCGCGCCGACCCGGACUGCGCCGAGCGGGGCCGCUGCUACCUGCUGUCGGCGCCCGGGCCGCACGCGCUGCUGCUGGUCACCCAGCUGGGCCGCUUCACCGCCCAGGACGAGCAGGCCGUGCGCGGCGUCCGCCAGCUCUUCGGGGCCGGCGUCCUGGCGCGGGCCGUGCUCGUCUUCACCCGCGGGGAGGACCUGGAGGGGGCCUCGCUGCACGACUACGUGCGCGACACCGACAACCGCGCGCUGCGGGCCCUGGUGGCCGAGUGCGGCGGCCGCGUGUGCGCCCUGAGCAACCGGGCCGCGGGCGCGGCGCGCGACGCGCAGGUGGAGGAGCUGCUGGUGCUGGUGGAGCGGCUGGCGCGCGAGCACGCGGGCGCGCCCUUCACCAACGCCGUGUACGGCCUGGCGGAGGCCCUGCGCCACGCGCCCCCCGACCUCCGGCUCCGGCGGGUGGCGCAGCGGCUGGCGGCCGGCGGCCCGGGGCAGGGGCGGCGCUGGCUGGAGGUGGCGCCGCGCGGGGGUUGGCGGGCGCUCUUGCUGCUCGGCGGCGCGCUGCUCCUCGGCCUGCUUCUCUGGCGCCUCAGACCCAAGGCCUUGCGGGAGGUCAGUCCCGACUGACGGUCCAAGGAGGACUUGGGCCCGUCGACUGAGGGUCACUUCGCCGCUCGUGCGGUGUGCCUUCGGGGCCCACAGGCUCUUCUUUCCUCCUUUCCUGGCGGGGAUCAGCUAGGCAGCGUCCCGCCAGGGCCGGGCUCCCGCAAAACCUUCCCCUGGGACGUGGCCCUCCCAGGAGCUGCCCUUCCAAGAACUGGGAGCCUGGACUGAAAGGCACGAAGUACGUGGCGCCGAGGGGGAGGAAAAGCUCUUUCCCGCAUGCUCAGCUCCGAAACACCACACCUCCUACAACCAUCCCCUUGGGCACUGAGUUUUCAACACAUGAAACAUACUGGGGGCACACCAACCGACCGAAGCAGACACGACCCUCCCUCCUCCCUAUCUGGUUC